ACAUUUUUAACAGGACUCUCCGGCAGCUGGGUGGAAAUGGACAGAAGAGGGCAAAAAGAGAAGCAAGGAGGCCCAGGAGGAGGCUGAUUCAGGACCCCUGAGACGAUGGAGCACUGAUGGAGCUGGAGCGGGAUGGGGCCGGAGGAGGUGAGGGAUGAGAGUCUGCAAGUGGAGCCCACAGCAUCUGCUGAUCGAUGGGACGAGGAGCGGGAGAAAAAUUAAAGCAGGCGAAUGCAAACUUCACCAAUAGCUCAACGAAAAGACAGACGGUGACCGCUGAGAGGCAGCGUCGGACCUGGGUAAGGGCGGGUUCCUGAGCCUGCCAGGCCUGGAUUCAAACCUCGGCUGAGUGGCCUUGGACAGGUCAUCAACAAACAGAGCCUUCGUUUAUUCAUUUGCAAACGGAGCCAAGGACCGGGCCUGCCCCGUGGUAUGCCUGAGGCUUGGGUGAGCAGGCGCCGGGCUCGCAGGGGGCGCUCCUAACCCGGCCCCGGCAGCUCGACGCUGUGGAUCUAGCCGCCUUCCAGCCCCGGCUCCAGCUCCUGCUCAGGUUCCUGCUACUGCCCCCGGUCCCCGGCCCCGGGCCCCGCGCCCCGCCCACCCCGCCUCUCGGCCCCGCCCCCUCCCGCUGCUCCGCGGCGCAGCCGGCAAGGUGAGCUCGGUGGGGGUCCGGGGGUCCGCGGUCAGCCCCGGAGGACAGGGUGGGGUCGCCCCAAACAGGAGCGCUGGGAGCGCUGGAACCCCGCGCUCGGCGUCCGCCGCCGCCGGGUGGCCGGGCAGUGGAGGUCCCGGAUGAGGCGACAAUUUUUCCGGCCCCCCUCCCAGUCCCGCCCCACUUCCGGGGCCGCCACUUUCACUUUCUCUUCCGCCGAAGCCGCUCCGCUUGCGAAGAACUGGGGCCUCCUGGGAGGAGAGAGGGCUUUGCGUUGAAACCCAGGACGCCAGGAGUGCUCCCGCAAGUGGGGGUCCUCCGGGACUUGGAACGCCCUGGCUGGGCGGUGUCCGGGCGUCCUUUCCCCGCUUCUCCCCACCUCGGCUGGUCCCGUUUCUUCUUGCGCCCAGUGCGGACUUGUCUCGGCGCCCGCUGCCCUCUCACCGCCCCACUCGGGAUCCCGGCCUGGUCACCAGGCAGUGUGAUGCUUCCCGAUUGCCGCGGGGACAGCGAGGCACAGACAGAACUUGGGCCGCGCCGGAGGCCACACGGCCUGGCUGAGUUGCUCCUGGUCUCCCGCCUCUCCCAGGCGACCCGGGGGUAGCAUUUCCCAGGAGGCACGGUCCCCCGCAGGGGGAUGGGCGCAGCCACACCAGAUGGACGAGAAGACCAAGAAAGCAGAGGAAAUGGCCCUGAGCCUCACCCGAGCAGUGGCAGGUGGGGAUGAACAGGUGGCAAUGAAGUGUGCCAUCUGGCUGGCAGAGCAACGGGUGCCCCUGAGUGUGCAACUGAAGCCUGAGGUCUCCCCAACGCAGGACAUCAGAUUCCUCAUGGUGCAAAAUGGCCAUUCCAGCUCCAUCCAGCCAUCACAUCACAGGAGGAAGGGAAGAAAGGCACCCCUCCACAUUCCUCUAAAGAGCAUAGCUCAAAAGCUGUACACACUUCUUCCAUUAAUUCCUAUGGACCAGAACUGAUUUGUACAGCUACAGUUCAACUUGAGGGAAGACUGUAUAGUCAGGAUAUUCAACUAGAAUUCAGGGGUUUGCUUGGUAAGGGAAGGGAAGAGAAUGGAUACUGUCAGUCUCUGCUCCAGGAGACUUAAACUCAAUGCUGAAACACUUUGCACAGUGCCUGGCGUGUGUUAUGCACUCAAUAAACAUUAGUGUCUAUGGUUC